AUGAACGUUUGUAAGUUGAAAGAAAUAGUACCGCUUUUUCCAAGAUCGUCGUUUACAGAUGGUGUAGUAAGUACAGGAAAAAGUUUUCGAACUUGGGACACCUGUAUGGACAAUAAAGCAUGUAAAAUUAUUGCGAUUGUGGGUAUUGUGUUAGCAAGCAUAGUAGUCAUUUGGUUAAUUGGGGGACUAUUGACUUGUUUUAGACAAGGAGUAACAGGAAUAGGUCAAUUUGUAUGUUGGUGUUGCCGUUGUUCUGAUGCUAACAAUAAGAAUAAUGGAAUGCCCGUAAAUGAAGGGUUCAAUAGGGCCAAUAUGGGUGCGGUCCCUCCUUCUACUGUCAUUUAUCAACCUAUACAACAACCUGAGAAUGCAUACUAUAGGAACGAUGCGAAAGAUGAUGCGUUUUACGACGAGGUCAAAACUCCCAGUAAUGAAGUUUAUGAAUUGGAGGAAGAUUUUGAUUUGGAAAAACAGAAAGAGAAAACAAGAAGGAAACAGAAAAAACAAAGGAGCAAGGAAGGACACAGCCCUAGUAGGGUAGCGCCCCUAGUGUAUGACGAAGACACAUCCGAAAAUAGCAACCCUCUACCUCAAUAUAACGCCAGAAGUUCGUUUAUUCACAAUGCAGGUAACCCUAGCACCAACGACACUCAUCUUACUUCACAACCACCAGUAUUCGAUAUUAGUGAUUACGGUGAGAACUAUUAUUACGGUAAUGAUAAUAAUAAUAUUAAUGACUUUCAAGGAAACAGUUACAAUGUUCCUUCCUCUAACCAUAGAAGUCCGUAUCCAACUGAAAGUUACCAACCAUAUCGAGGGUAUAACCCAAAUCAAAACGAUAGAUAUUACUAA